AUGGUGUACAAACCACCAGGCACCUCCACCUCAACGCGUGGUAUCUCACCGCAGCGCCCGGUACAGUAUCCAGCGAACCAGCGUGGUCGUAGGCGGGCGGUGGGACCGGGUGAGCCCUUUCACGCCACCACCCACAACAACAAUACCCACACCGGUAACAGUGUGCGCAGCAAGCUAAACAAUCAUGUCGCACCGAGUGACCGUGGCAGUACGGGUGCAUCCGGUGGCAGUGGUGGUAUGAAGCGAUCGAACAGUCUCAACAACAAGUAUAACAGCACGGUGACAACGACGCAGACACGUCGCUCGAACAGCAUCGAGCGGAUGAACAAUGGCAAGGUGUACCGUGGCCGCAGUCCGUUGCGAAAUUCCACCUCGAACCUAAGCACGACGAGCGGUGCCAUUGGCAGUAACGGUACCGCCCGCAACCAGCCGAUACUGUUCCGUUCCAGAGGCAAUGACAUCGGUAGCAUCGACAACCUAGAUAACAUCACACAGGCAUCAACCGGAAGCAGCAAUUCGAUGCCAGGAACACCGGAAGAUAACAUCAAUGUGGUGGUACGAGUGCGUCCGCUAAGCACCAAAGAGGCACGGCAUGGUGAUGAGAUGGUGGUACAAUUUCCUGGAAAUGGCCAAAUCUUGUGUGACGGAAUUCCACUGAGUUCCGGUGCUGGUGGACAGAAGCCGAAGUUGUUUUCGUACAACGUGGUGUUCGAACCGGGUGCCUCACAGGAUGACGUACUGCAGUACUCCGGCAUAAAACGACUGAUCGAGAUGGCGAUCGAAGGGUUUAGUUGUACUGCGUUUUGUUACGGCCAGACCGGUUCGGGCAAGACACAUACACUUACUGGACCACCAGAGCUGUUUUAUCACAAACCAGACCCAGCCCACGAGGAUCACGGAUUGGUGUUUCGCUCCUUUCUAUAUUUGUUCAAGCUGCUGCAGGAGCGUAAAGAUACAAACUUUAUCCUGAAGGCAUCGUUCCUGGAGAUCUAUAACGAAAAGGUGAUAGACUUACUGAAUCCUGGCACGGCAAGAAAGCCACUCGCCGUACGAUGGUCCAAAAAGUCACGGGGCUUUUUUGUGGAGAAUCUGUUCACCGUCGACUGUGAGGAGCUGGAUGACUUGCUGGCGGUCCUGGAGGAAGGAAUGCGAAACCGGCACGUUGGCUCUCACCUGAUGAACGAUUAUUCCUCCCGCAGUCACACGAUCCUGACGGUGCACAUCACCUCCGAGCAGCAGGCUGAGGGUGGCGUAUUCAUUUCCAAGCAGGGCAAAAUUAACUUUGUCGAUCUAGCAGGCAGCGAGAUGACGAAGAAAACGCACAGCGAGGGCAAAACGCUCGAGGAGGCUAACAACAUCAACAAGAGUUUGAUGGUUUUGGGUUAUUGUAUUGCUUCUUUAAGUGACCCGAAGAAGCGAAAUGGACACAUACCGUAUCGGGACAGCAAGCUAACCAAACUGCUGGCGGACAGUCUGGCAGGAAAUGGAGUUACCUUGAUGAUCGCCUGCAUUUCGCCGGCCCAUUCGAAUGUGACCGAAACGGUGAACACGUUGCGUUAUGCGGCACGUGCAAAACGCAUCCGCACAAAACCUAUCAUCGUGAUGGACCCACGAGAAGCUCUCAUACUGAGCUUGAAGCGAGAAAUUGGCGCACUCCAGGUAGAAAAUGAACAUCUCAGGACGGCGCUCAAUCUCCAGACCGAAGCGCAGGACAUUAACAGUCAGGUGGAUUUGUUGGAGCGUAGACCGGUACCACGCACUCCACCUAAGGUAGACCUUGAAAAGCUAACCGAUAUGGAGGGCAACGAGUUGAAGGAACUGGUGAAGGUAUACAUUAUGGAAAACCAAGCGCUGCGGCAGGAGAACGCAGAACUGUACUCGACGCGGGAAAUGAUCAUCCGCGAUCAGGAGCUAGUGUGUCGGGAGAACGAGCGAUUACUCAAAAAGUUGGAGGAUGUAAAUUCAGUUUGCUGCCGUUCACCGAUUAUACCAGCUCGGCCGACAUUUUCUGCCGAAAUGCUGAAUUUAUCUGCGGCAAGCGGUGACGUGGAGGUUUCAAACAUUUGGCGCAAUCCGCUCAGCUCUAGCGCCGACAGUAUGAAUCGCUACCGGAACGAAUCGCUGGACGGACGUGUGUCGGCAAAUGAGAAUAAAAUCCCGGAGCUGCUGCAAAAGGAACUGGACAAACGUCGGAUCGGCGAUAGCAUUACCACCAUUGCUAACAACUUGAAGCGCAACAAUUCGUGGGACAACACAAAUCGUGCGAAUGGAACGGUGAACGGUGUAAAAUUGGCCUCCCGCAAAGGUUCGGCAGACAGCCGCCAUUCCGACCCAAGCCAGGCAAUGUCGAGUCAGACAAGAAUUAUAGACCUCACGCAAUUGUCCUAUCAGACGGCACGCUCUAGUGCCGCGUCUCAACCACCCUGGAGGCGUUCCGCACAAAGGGCGGCAAGUGCACAAAAACCAGCAACGCCACUGUUUGUCCGGAAAGAGACGAAUCUGCUCGCUAAGAGCAAAUCGACCGAUGAGGGGCUUCUGCCAUUGAGGCGGAACGUGUUCGGUAGUCUAGUGUCGCUUGAUGCCGAAAGCAACAUUUCGCCUUUGUGA